AUGGAUACUGAAAGGCGUCAGCGGCUAUACGUGGCGUUCCAGAGCGGCGCGGCCAACUACACAUUCGACGUCCCGAUGACGGCCUGCGGAUCGCGCGCCAUCGCUGACGAGGGACGGGUCGGCUUCGAGAACACCAUCAUCAUACAGGCGGAGGAGGUGGUGCAGGAGGGCUGGGACACGGCGCGCCGGCUCAGCUGCGACUGGCCUGACCGUGUGGAGAAGCUGGUAACGUUCCGGCCGAUCGCCGUCCGUGCUCUGGAGGCCACCGAGGCGCGGUUCGCCGGUGACGACAUCACGUGCUGGAUGGACAUCCAGCUGGGCAGAGGUCCGUUCGCCUCCUCCGUGGACGGCAUUGUCCGGAUCGGCGAGCAGCUGACCGUGGUGAUCCUGGCACAGGCCACAGCCGGACAAAUGGACAUGGCCGUCACAAACUGUUACACCUAUGACGCGGAGAAUAUCAGCGACCCGCGCACCACCGUCCUCCAGCUCACCGAUGACCGCGGCUGUCUCCUUAAACCCAAAUUGAUGAACUAUUUCCGUAAAACUCGCCAAACCGGCAGCACAGGCGCCGAUAUUCUCUCGUUCGCCGCGAUGAGUGCGUUUAAAUUCCCGGACAGGAUGGAUGUGUAUCUGGCCUGUGAGGUUGAGUUCUGUAAGGACAGCUGUCAGCAGACCUGUGACAGUGAGGACGCUCCACGAGGACUGGAGGAGGACGCUGAGGAUUCUGAUGAGGACACUGAGGACUCAGAGGCGGACCGUCCCGAGCCGCAGCCCCAGCCAGAGCCGGCCAGUUUCUCUGCCCUGCGCCUGCGCGGCCGUCGUCCGUCGCCGCCGACCCUGCCGCCACCUUCUCGCGCCACGGAGGCUCCGUCUCGCGCCACGAUGCCUCAGUCUCAAGCCACGAUGGCGCAGCCCCGCGUCACAGAGGCACCAUCUCUUGCCAUGGAGGUGCCAUCUCGCGCCACGGAGGCCCCGUCUCGCGCCACGUUGGCUCAGUCUCGCGCCACAGAGGCUCCGUCCGAGCGCCCACCCCUCUACAACUACCACAACUGCUGCAACUACCACUACCACUGCCACCACCACUACCGCUUCCACGUCUACCACCACUACCGCCACUACCACUUCUACAGCCUCUACAACUACCUCUACUACUUCGACCACCACCACUACCGUCGUCAGCUCUAG